AUGCCAGAACCAGACCCACAAUUCGACAUGCUCUCAGGCACUCUGUCAGCCAGGUCUUACCUCGAGCUAGGUGACAUCGCUCUAGUGGCCGAAACAUCUCAAAGCUCCGCAACUCCUCAGAGCUUGGAAUCCGCCCCUGAAAAUGCUCUAGAACGUGACGGCAGGUCCGGCCCGCACCUGCAGCCCAGGCAGAAUCCGCCAGCAAUGUCGGAGAAGACCGAGACGGGGCCAGAUCGACCCGUGCGUAAACGUGGUCGGCCUAGACUGGAGACCACUAAGGAUGCUGUCGCAAUUGAGGAACGACGCAUGCAAAUUCGUCGGGCACAGCGUACUUACCGACAGAAAAAGGAGACAACAAUUCAGACUCUCAGAACACGUGUAGAAGUGUUGGAACAGACACUACAGAAUGUGGCCAAUCUACUUAGUACGGACAAUAAUUCUGGCCUGGGGUACGCACAUGACCAAAGUCGCACCAAGCAGUUGAUUCUAGCUGAAAUCAACAAAACCCGAUCAUCCUCAGACGAGAUCUCGCUCGAUCACAAUCAACAUAUCACGCAGAGCCGCGAUACUCCGGGGGAUAUAUUUGGAUACCAUGUCUCCUACUCAGAACUCAAAGCAUCCGAAUCGAACUCUCACAGGAGAUCCAGAUCCAGAUCCAGGUCUAUCCGCAGAUCUCCCUCCCCACUUCUAAAUCGCCUAUUCCCCACAACAACCGUCUACACAUACAGCCACCAAGAAUUAAACUUAUCCCGGCGCCUCCAUCGCUUCUGCCUUGAACACACGUACCGCUGGCUGACAGACCCACAUUCCGACCCAGUCCUCAUAACCCGCGUCUUCGGCCUCCUCCCAUGCAUCCAAGACAUCCCCGGAGUAUGUCGCAGUUUCCGACGCGUCCUUCAAUCUGAGAUAGGAUGUGAGCUCGAGAGCUCGAAGCUCCCCUUCUAUACCCUCGGAGGUGCAGGGACGCAUUACCCGCGUGCGAAAUCCCCCAAGAACGUGCGACGGCCAGGGAAGGUCUUGCGCAGGUUAGCGCGGAUCUUGCGGCGGGGUGGAAUUCGGGAUUGGGAUGAGGAUUGGAGUGGGGAUGCGGAGCCCGAUCGUGAUCAUCGGUCUGUUGUGGAGAGAACUAUGAGUAAAGAGGAGCAGUUGCGCUCGUUGGAUCUUGAUGGAGAUUGGUUUGACUGUUAUGAUGUUCAGGGGUAUUUGGAGCAGAGGGGUGUUGUGCUUGAUGGGUCAUCGCUGUCAUUGGCGGUACCCGCUGCGACAGUUGGAGAUCUUUAUGGUGUUUCCUCAGAUACAUCUGCGUCGCAAUUGUAUGGCUCAACGAGCGACUCGCUCAGUGAGAGGAGUGGUUGGCGCUAUCUGAGCCAGUCGACCUAUGUCCUUGAUGUUGAGUGUUUCUUUGACUUACUACUGGGCAAUUUGCGGAUUCUAGGCCGAGCCCCUGGGUUUCGACUGUGGGAUGUGGAAGCGGCUCUGCGGACGGCGAUCCACAGGCGGUCAUUUAGUUGA